AUGACGCAACAACUUGAAGAGAGAAAGAGAAUUGAUCUCGCCUUGCGAACAAUCCGAUGCCUGAUCUUAGACCUUUGCCAACAGUAUAAGGGCGGGCAUCCAGGGGGCGCCAUGGGAAUGACUGCGAUUGGCAUUGCAUUGUGGAAGUAUUGCAUGAGAUACGUGCCAGCGAACCCCGACUUCUUCAACCGGGAUCGCUUUGUGCUCUCCAACGGCCACACUUGCCUCUUUCAGUAUACCUUCCUCCAUCUCACGGGCUAUAAGGCCAUGACGAUGGACCAGUUAAAAUCGUACCACUCCGAGCGGGCAGAUUCCCUGUGCCCAGGCCACCCGGAGAUUGAAAUUGACGGGGUUGAAGUGACCACAGGCCCCUUGGGACAAGGUGUCGCAAACGCGGUGGGCCUGGCCAUGGCAACGAAGCAUCUCGGUGCAGUUUACAACAAACCCGGAUUCUCACUUGUGGACAAUACGACAUGGUGCAUGAUUGGUGACGCCUGCCUGCAGGAAGGCGUUGCAUUGGAGUCAAUUCAGCUCGCGGGCCACUGGAGACUCAACAAUUUGGUCAUCAUCUACGAUAACAACCAGGUGACGUGUGAUGGCAGUGUGGACAUCUGCAACUCCGAGGACAUCAACGCCAAAAUGAGAGCAUGUGGCUGGGAUGUGAUCGACGUUGAAGAUGGCUGUUAUGAUGUAGAAGGGAUCACUGCUGCCCUCAUGCGUGCCCGGUCCAGCAAAGAGAAACCGACCUUUGUCAACGUACGCACCGUGAUUGGCGUCGAGAGCAAAUUCGCCGGCGACGCCAAGGCGCACGGUGCUGCCUUCGGCGACGACGAGGUCGCGAACAUCAAGCGGAAACUUGGAAUGAACCCAGAUGAGCAUUUCGCUGUCCCUGACGAGAUAUAUCAGUUUUUCAGUGGCGCUGGAGUAAGAGGCCGAGCCCUGGAGGAGAACUGGAAUCAGCUCCUGCUCAAUUACUCGACGGAGUAUCCGGAGAUGUACGAGGAGUUCAGGUUGAGAAUGUUAGGAAAGAUGACACAGGACUGGACAAAGCUCAUCCCUUCAAAAGAAGAAUUCCCCGCAUCUCCAACAGCCUCCCGAAAGUCUGCCGGUCUCUGUUGCAAUCCCCUGGCGUCAAAGCUCCAGAACAUCAUGGUGGGCACUGCCGAUCUGACUCCUUCGGUAAACAUGGCAUGGAAGGGCAAGGUCGAUUUCCAACAUCCGGAGCUCAAGACAACUUGUGGCCUAAAUGGCAACUACACUGGGCGAUAUAUUCACUGGGGUAUCCGGGAACAUGCCAUGGCUUCAAUCUCAAACGGACUAGCAGCCUUCAACAAAGGAACCAUCCUGCCCAUAACCUCCAGUUUCUUUAUGUUCUACAUUUAUGCGGCCCCAGGCAUCCGAAUGGGAGCACUUCAAAGCCUCCAGCAGAUCCAUAUCGCGACUCACGACUCAAUUGGCACCGGCGAGGAUGGGCCUACGCACCAGCCCAUUGCGUUGGCAGCGCUGUACCGUGCAAUGCCAAAUGUUCUCUACAUACGGCCUUGUGAUAGUGAAGAGACGGCUGGGGCUUUUGUCGCAGCAUUGCAGGCAACAUCCACCCCGACAAUCAUCUCGCUGUCCCGGCAGAGCUUGGAGCAAUACCCGAACUUUUCCUCCCGACAAGGGGUCCAGCGGGGUGCAUAUGUUUUUAUCGAAGAUGAGCAGGCUCAAGUUACAUUGAUUGGUGUGGGUGCUGAGAUGGUCUUUGCAGUACGUACGCGAGAGGUGCUGCUGGACCGUUUCAACAUCAAGUCUCGCAUUGUGAGUUUCCCAUGUCAGCGUCUUUUUGCACAGCAGGACCAAGAAUACAGGAGGGAGGUCUUGAAAUAUCGGUCAGGAAUCCCCUGUGUCGUUAUUGAGGCAUAUGCGGUGACCGGGUGGGAGAGAUACGCCGAUGCGGGUUUCACAAUGAGUACAUUUGGACAUUCCCUACCUGGUGCGGCAGCAUAUAAGUACUUUGGAUUCGAUGAGCAUGUGAUUGCACCAGAGGUGGCAAAGCUCGUGGACGAGGUUCAGCGGGACGGGAUUGAAAGCUUGCGAGGUGAUUUCAGGGACUUGAAUCCGGUGCGCCAUUAG